UCCACCUUCUUCCUGAAUUAUUCUUUUCCUUCCAUCAGAAAUCUUGUUCUUGGUUUGUUCAAUUUUACUGUUCAUUUCUGUUAGCUUUCCUUUCACUGCUCCAAUAUUAAUUUAUUUCCACAAAUAAUAAAAUCUUUUCUUCGACUUAAUUUCUUUACAUACGAGACGAUGUGGUACUCCGGAAUUGAAAUUUAGCCUCAUUCUUAUGGUUCUCCGGUUUUGAACAACAAUUUUGUGACAGCCCAGAUCCGCAUGGGUUUAAGUUGAAAGAAAGAUGGAUAGUUACAGAGAAAGCGAAGAUCAGUUUUUUGAUAGCAAAGACGAGUCUGAUUCAAGUUCAGAUUGCUCCGAAUUAUGUUCUAGUUCUGGGCGUGCAGAAUUUGAUUUUGGAUAUGAGUUUUGGAAUAGGAUUCCGGAAAGUGUAAUUGGACGGCGUACUCAAUUUUUGAAGUGGAUGGGUGUGGAGUUAGAUUGGUCUAAGGGCAAUAGGGAAGAAGUAGAGGAUGCAAUUGGUGAUGGUUUUGUAGAAGGCCUUGGCAGGCUGAGGGAUAAUAGUGGAGCUGUAUUGGCAAACUCAGAUUCUGAGGAUGGGUUUUCAUCAGCUAAGUCUUUUCUGUCUUUCCAAUCAAAUGAAAGUGUGGGAUCAGUUGAAGAAGUAGCUGUAGAGGAAACUCAUUCUUGGAAGAUUAGGAAUUUGGAUGAUGGAACUGAAUUUGUAGCUGAUAAAUUCGGUGAGGAUGGCAUGCUUAGCCUAUUACGUGAAGUUGGUUCUAAUAAAACAAUUACAAUUGAGGAGCUCCAAAGGAGUCUUGGCUCAUCAUCCUUGGUUCAACAGUAUUUCCGCAAAAUGUCCAACGCUAUUGAUCUGAAAAAGAAAGUGAAAAAGGGUUGGCUACAGAGAUUAAGCGCUAUAACUCGCAGCACAGAGUGGGCAAAGGGAGUUAAUUUGAAGCUGCGUAAGACCAAUUCAAGUACAGGAAAUAAUACUCAGAUAGUGCGGUCCCAUUCAUACAGAAAGCGAUCAAAAGAAUUGUCAUUGCUGCAGGUAGGGCAAGAUUUUCCUGCACAUAAAGGCUCAAUCUUGACAAUGAAAUUCAGUCCUGAUGGCCAACAUCUGGCUAGUGCUGGGGAAGAUGGUGUUGUACGUGUUUGGAAGGUGAUGGAGGAUGAGUAUCCCAAUGGAAUUAAUGUUGAAGAUACUGAUUCUUCUUGUAUAUAUUUCUCCAUAGAUGAAUUCUCCAAGUUAGCUCCUCUCAGUUUUGACAAGGAGAAGGUUGCUCAGAUGAAAAACUUGAGAAAGUUGUCAGAAUCUACUUGUGCCAUUCUCCCGCGCAAGGUUUUUCGCAUUUUGGAGAAACCGCUGCAUGAGUUCCGUGGGCACAAGGGUGAUGUCUUGGCUCUCUCGUGGUCUAAGAAUGGGUAUCUUGUAUCAUCAUCUGUUGAUAAAACAGCACGUCUGUGGCUAGUGGGACUUGAUAAAUGCCUUGGAGUUUAUGCACAUAACAAUUAUGUGACUUGUGUAGAUUUCAAUCCAGUUGACGAUAAUUAUUUUAUAAGCGGUUCGAUUGAUGGGAAAUUACGCAUCUGGAAAGUGCAUGAUUUUCGAGUUGCUGAUUGGACGGAUACGAGAGAAAUUGUCACAGCUGUCUGUUACUCUCCAGAUGGGAAGGGAGGCAUUGUGGGCUCCAUGGAUGGCAAUUGUCGUUUUUAUGAUGUAGUAGAUAAUCAGUUGCAGUUAGGUGCUCAAAUUUGCUUGCAAGGGAAGAAGAAAUCGGCUGGGAAGAGAAUAACUGGAUUUCAGUUUUGCCCAGCCGAUGUUAGCAAAGUAAUGGUUAGUUCUGCUGAUUCACAAGUUCGAAUACUUUCUGGGCCCAACGUCAUCUGCAAAUUUAAGGGCAUGAAAAAUUCAGGAAGCCAAGCGUCUGCAUCUUUCACAUCUGAUGGAAACCACGUUGUGUCCAUCACAGAGGAUUCUAAUAUCUACCUGUGGAAUUACACCAACCAAGAUCAGACAUCUGCAGAGGUAAAGAACAUCUCAGCGCAUGAGAGUUUCUUGUCCCACAAUGCUGCAAUAGCUAUACCUUGGGGUGGCUUGAAAACCAAGCCUGGAGCACUACAUGGAGGUAUCCUAGAAAAUGGGCAUUUUGAGGAUGAUUUGCUCCCACAAGUGCCCUCUGCUUUACCUGAUUGUUUUUCUUUAGGGCGGGGGUUCUUUUUGGAUUCUUUAUAUAAGGGAUCUGCAACGUGGCCGGAAGAGAAACUGGCCAAAUCAAGUCCAGCAGCAGUUUCACCUUCAGCAUACAAAUCCGAGUUCAAGUCUUUGAAGAGUGCUCUGCAGAGUGUGCUGAGCUCCCCUCACUUGUGGGGUCUUGUGAUUGUAACAGCAGGUUGGGAUGGGUGCAUUAAGACAUUUCUCAAUUAUGGGUUGCCAAUUCGGUUUUGAAGCCAUCCUUUUUCCAAACGACGAUAGAAGAAAUUCUACACCUUGUCUAAACUCUCGGGGACUUGAGCAGCUCCAGUCCAGUGAAUUCCCCAAAUUUGAUGGUGCUACAAUGCAUCUACUAUAACUCUCCUCAGCCAUGGAUGGCCAAUGCGGAUGAGGAACCACUCUUUGGAGCAUCAGGCUAAAUGCAUCUCUUUUUUAGCAGCAAUAUAAAGGACUGGCGGGCUUCUGUUUGUUUAGGGAUCCCUGCCUCUGUGACAAGGGUUUGACAGAUUGGAAUGGUUGAUGGCGAUUGUGUAGAUUAGGUAUAGUAGAUGCUGCCUGGAGGCAUGAAUCCGUGAAAUUUCUCCGCGUGAUCGAGCCAAAUGUGAAUUGAAAUGGCUGGUUGUUUCUCAUGUGGGGUUAUUGCGUGCAAGUCAGGAGUUAUAAUUUAUUCUUUCAUUUGUGGAUUUUGAGAUUUUCUGGCUCUCAAUUCAAUCAGAAACACGGAGGUUUCAGUGGUGACGAGCCAGUUAUAGAUGUACGUGUUAGAUCACACAGAAAAAGGGCAAAUGAAUAGAGAAGAGCAAUACGGUUUGUCUUUGAUUUUAUGUGGUGGUUUGUGCUUACAAAGCUACACAGCCAAGGACUAAGUAAGAGAGGCCCAAUAAUCAAUUUAAGUAGCCAGUCGGUCGGAGGAAUAGUCUGGCGCUGCUGUGUCUGAAGGGAACACACGAGUACCAAUCAGGCAUGGGCUUUAUUUAUUUAUUUAUUUUUUGGGCGGUCGAUGUUGGUUCCGGACCGAUAACAAAUGAUAAUCAUUGGGGUUGGACAGAUUGAGGUAGUGUUUGGAUUUGGAAUUUAGUACGGUAAAGAGUAGCUUCAUGAUUCAUCCGCAUGUGAGACUGGUAGUUAUUAGUAUUAUGGACUUGAUAAAGUGAUCCCAGAUUCUUGGCCUGGUGGUUACUUGCUAAUACUGUAACCCCAGUCUCAUUCUACUGCCAAUCAUGUCGUUUCACAUUGACAUUAGUACAUUACCUCGGAAGGACAGAGAGGGACAUCGUCCAUUUACUUGCUCUGGACACCCGCGCCAGUGAAUGGUGGUGGCGCGGAUGUUUCUUCCACACAGGCGGGAUUCGGGAAGGUAAGGAGUAUGUAUAAGCAAUUGAUUCAUUGUUAAGCAACUUAUAAAUUCAUUGUUAGGUAAUGUAGAGAAGUCCAUUUGUCGUCUCAAAAUUAAUUGUCAUAUUAGAGAAGUCAAUGCUUUUCCUCUUUCUUUUUU